GUGGGAGACAGGGCCAUGCCAGCCACUUCUUGGCCCAGCCCAGCCCAAGAGGGUGCCUAGACAUGUUCCUCCCUUUAAUUUGGGCCCUGAGUCUGUACCCAUGGGGCCCUUGGGAAGGCCCCAUGCCAGGCUGGAGCAGGAUAGGAAGGGCAUAGGUGCUAGCUGAGAUGCCAGGGAUGGCACAGCAGGACUUCUAGGGACGAGCUAGGCCCUGGCAGGAGGGAGUAGCUAGGCUCACCCUGAGCCCGAUACCGAUCAGCACCUUGGACAGUGGCCAGUACCCUCCCUGGUGCCCGCUGGGCCCUGCCUGGGCCCAUACCCACUACCCCAGGGCACCUCUUCAAAUAGCACAGUCUCCAGCCAGCAUCCAGGGCCUGAAUACACAGAGCACUGAGAGAGUGGGCCGGUGUGGCCACGGACGCAGGCAGGGACCAGGGACGUGGCAGGCUGGGGCUCAGGGACUGGUUGGGGCAAUGGGGGUCAGUGAGAAACUAGAGGCUGAAUGAGAGGGAUGGAGGCUUGGUGCUGGGGGCAGGACCUGGGGAGAUCACUGGAGCCCCAUCCAGGCUAUGGGCAUCAAGACAUCAUUGCCUGCAGCAGAGCUGGGCCUAUACUCCCUGGUGUUGAGUGGGGCCCUGGCCUAUGCUGGCCGGGGCCUCCUCGAGGCUUCACAAGAUGGGGCCCACAGGAAGGCCUUCCGGGAGUCUGUGCGACCCGGCUGGGAGUACAUUGGCCGGAAGAUGGAUGUGGCUGACUUCGAGUGGGUGAUGUGGUUCACCUCCUUCCGCAAUGUCAUCAUCUUCGCCCUCUCUGGACAUGUGCUGUUUGCUAAAUUCUGCACGAUGGUUGCUCCCCAGCUCCGCUCCUGGAUGUAUGCUGUGUAUGGGGCCCUGGCCGUGGUGGGCACGAUGGGCCCUUGGUACCUGCUGCUGCUGCUUGGCCAUUGUGUGGGUCUCUAUGUGGCCUCACUCUUGGGCCAGCCCUGGCUCUGUCUCAGCCUGGGCCUGGCCAGCCUUGCCUCCUUCAAGCUGGACCCCCUAAUCUCCUGGCAGAGCGGGUUUGUAACAGGCACUUUUGAUCUUCAAGAGGUGCUGUUUCAUGGGGGCAGUGGUUUCACAGUGCUACGUUGUACCAGCUUUGCGCUGGAGAGCUGUGCCCACCCCGAUCGCCGCUACUCCCUAGCCGACCUGCUCAAGUACAACUUCUACCUGCCUUUCUUCUUCUUCGGGCCCAUCAUGACCUUCGAUCGCUUCCACGCCCAGGUGAGCCUGGCGGAGCCGGUGAGGCGCGAGGGCGAGCUGUGGCGCAUCCGGGCCCAGGCGGGCCUCAGCGUGGUGGCCAUCAUUGCCGUGGACAUCUUCUUUCACUUCUUCUACAUCCUCACCAUCCCCAGUGACCUCAAGUUCGCCAACCGCCUCACGGACAGCGCCCUCGCUGGCCUAGCCUACUCAAACCUGGUGUACGACUGGGUGAAGGCGGCCGUCCUCUUCGGCGUCGUCAACACCGUGGCGCGCCUCGACCACUUGGACCCGCCCCAGCCUCCCAAGUGCAUCACAGCGCUCUACGUCUUCGCGGAAACGCACUUUGACAGAGGCAUCAACGACUGGCUUUGCAAGUACGUGUACAACCACAUUGGUGGGGAGCACUCCAAGGUGAUCCCAGAGCUGGGGGCCACUGUGGCCACAUUUUCCAUCACCACUCUGUGGCUCGGGCCUUGUGAUAUCGUCUACCUGUGGUCAUUCCUUAACUGCUUUGGCCUCAACUUUGAGCUCUGGGUGCAGAAGCUGGCAGAAUUGGGGCCGCUAGCGCAAAUUGAGGCCUCUCUGUCGGAGCAGACGUCCCGCAGGGUCCGGGCUGUCUUUGGGGCCAUGAACUUCUGGGCUAUCGUCACGUACAACCUUGUAAGCCUGAACAGCCUCGAGUUCACAGAGCUGGUCGUCCGGCGCCUGCUACUCACAGGGUUCCCCCAGACCACACUGGCUGUCCUGUUUGUCACCUACUGUGGUGUCCAGCUGGUGAAGGAGCGAGAGCGAACCCUGGCUCUGGAGGAGGAGCAGAAGCAGGACAAAGAGAAGCUGGAGUAGGUGGGAGGAGGAAGGGGGAGGGCUCUGCUCAGCUAUUCCUGGGCCCAGGCCCAGGCCAGGCCAGAUGGGGCCUGACUGAUAGAAUAAAAGACUUUUCUACCACAGUUCAGCUGUUCCCUGACCUUUCCCCCAGCAGCCUUCUGGCUCCUUGUCCAUGCUGGAUGAGGAGCUGCAGGUUCUGGGCCUCAGAGAGGGAGGUCAAGCUCUUGGCACACAUAGAGUGUGGAGGAGACACCACGUGGAGGGCAGAGACCACCAACCUUGGCAACCCAACAGCUGAGCAUUGAAGCCCUGAAUCUUCAAAUCACCUGGUCACUGACUCAGAGCACCUGAUUCCAGACCCUGAGCCACGUGCUUAGAAGGCACUUUAUUCUUCUUACAGAAGGAGACUUAUCCAUACUGCAGGGAGUUCUUGAUGGGGACACUCCCCAUAUGACAGGUGAGGAGACUGAGUCCUGUGGGAACCUGACUGGCACACACAGCCAGGCCGGGGCUGGGCCAGAACACGGCCUGGGACGCCUCCCUGCGGUUCUGGCUCAUGCAC